AUGAAGAGCUGGGAGGUGUUGGCCGGCGAAGUGCAGGGUCUUGGUCGGGUCGCCAAGAAGAAGCAGAGGAAGACGAAGAAGGGGUGUCAAGGAGCGCCCGUGGAUUUCACGGCCGGGGAGGAGUGGAAGGCCGAGGAUGGGGAAGUAGAAGUGCAGGAAGAAGACGGCGUCGGCUUGCCGUCCGCCGCCCGCCGCCGCCGAGAGGAAGCAAUGAAGAGGAGGGAAGUGUUGACCGGCGAGGAGGAGGGUCUUGGAAGGCUCGCCAAGAAGAGGCAGAAGAAGACGAAGAAGGGAUGUGAAGGAGCGGCCGUGGGUUUCAUGGUCGGGCAGGAGUUGAAGGCCGAGGAUGGGGAAGCAGAAGCGGAAGUAGAAGCGGAAGUAGAUGUGGAGGAAGGGGACGCCGGUGCGCUCACUGGUUCGGUUUCCGACAUGUGUCAGUCUCUGAUGGAGCGGUAUGCCCGUUCAGCCGCCCCGCAACAUCGACACCUCUGCGCAUCUGCCGCUGCGAUGCGCUCUUACCUUCGCGACGAAGGGAUCCCCCUGACUCCCCCCGCCUACUUCGCCAUCGCCAUCGCUGCCGUUUGUGAUGCCAGCAGCAGCGACCGUGAGACACUAUCUGCACUCUCGGCUUUCCUCUCAGUCCUGCUUCCGUACGUUCCACCGGGGUCUGUACCUCCUCACAAGGCCAGAGAAGCUGUUUCAUCCCUUGUUGCUCUCCUGGAGAACUCAACUCCGGAGAGUAUGGCUGCGCCGACUGUUCGCUCCCUGGUUGGUUCUUUGGGUCUUCUGGCGCAGUCCGUUGAUUUGGAGGACUGGAGUGCUGUGAAACUGCCUCUUAGGGUACUUCUCAGAUUCUCUGUGGACAGACGUCCCAAGGUAUUCUGCCAUUCUAGUACCCUAUCCUACUUUCCGCUGGGCAGUGCACUUGUAUUCAUCAUGAACCCUGAUUUGCUUCCAUUGUUCAAAUCCAGCUGCUGAACUCUGUUAAAACAAAGAUAUAACUCUACUCAAGUGAAGACUAUCAGCAAGAUCAAGAAAUUACCACCUAGAGAGAGCUGUAAGAGGGAAACAAAGGGUUAGGAAAGUAAUGACAAAGCCCUAUACUUGUUCAGAGACUGUAUUACAGAUAGAAAUUCAGGACUACAUUUGAUUAAAAUGAUUCUCUUCUUGUUUUUAGCUGAGAGAGAGAGAGAGAGAUAGGGCAGCUACGCUCUCUAAAUAGCAACUAAACUGAUCAGGUCAGUUAACACCGAAAAAAAAACUAUUAUGGCAGCCAUAACAUGUGAGAAAGGUGAAGUGAUUGGUGAAUGGCAGACGUAUUUCUUCUAAGAUACAUAUUUUUGGCCAUUAAUUUGUAUUUUUCCCGGAGGAAUCAAAUCGCCCUCUGUAUAUUUAGAGACCUGUCUCCUAAUGAUUUUUGUUCAAUGUAAUGGAUGGAUAUUGGGAGUCAAUUUUUAUAUUUAUAGUCAAUUUUGUGAAGUCAGCUGAAAGGAUCCUUACGGAUUCUGAGUAUUUUGUACUUGUAGAAUAAUUCCUUGUUUUGUUAUGUGGAGUUCUUAUAAAGGUCUUAUUCUUUCAUGCAUAUUGCAGGUCCGUAGAUGUGCCCAGCUAUCAGUCGUAAAAGUGUUCAGAACACUAAAAAGUUCCAUUAUUAUUGGAAAGGCAAGCAAGGUUGUAUUUUCAUUGUUUCAGAGUUACAUCCCUUUGGCAGUGAAACUUUGCUCAGUGAGACAUGAUUCCAAAAGUAAAAAAACUUUGGAGAAGCCAGAGAAUAUUGAGGUUCUGCAUGUGCUAAAUAUAAUUCAACAUCUUGUUGCACAUAUGUCCCUGAAAUUCAUCAGAAAGUGUCUCCCUGACGUUUGCAAGCUAUUCAAUGGCAAGUUUUCAAUGUUGACAAGGAACAUUAUUGGAUUACUUGAGGUGAUCCUACAAAAGUUGUCUGUUGAUGUUCUCGAGCGUGAAGCAGAGAAUGUCAUUUCUGUACUUACGUCUUAUGUGUCUUCCAACAAGAAGAUUCCUGUUGACACUAUCUGUUCGGCAUCAACAUUGCUCAAAGAUACUAUGAAUACACUUCAUCAUGUGCAACCGGGGAUGUGGAUCAAACGUUUCACUUUAGUAUUCAGAUCAAUAGCGGGUUUGUUCUUUCAAUUGUCAUAAAGUGCUUUCUACUGCCUCUAGUAUUUGACUAUUUGGUACCUUUUCGAUAAUUUCACUGUAUUUCUGAUAUUUGUAUAAGAAGAAUAUAACUGGAUUCAAAAUUGACGCUUGACUGGUCAAACGAAGAUAGUUCCGGCCUGUAUAUCUCCUAGAUACUUCGUGCUUAUUUGUACAAAGCGGUUUGGUUACAAUGUUCAUGAGAGAAGUCAACUCUGAAAUUGAGGUUCAACCAAAGAAAACGUUGUUUUUGACGGUCAAAAAUGGAACUGGAGUACCUAAUCGAAAAUGUUGUUUUUGGCAUUGUCUCUUUGGCUGCUUUUCAAACCCCCUAGACAGUUGUAGGCCUUUUCUCUGAUCAAUGGUGAAUGAUAGGCUGUGAGGUGGCCCUCAAUCGUACUAGCAGCAAUGAUAUUUACAAAAUAAUGACUUCAUUUAGUCUAUGGUUUUUUUUUCUGAAGUAGUAGUUCCGCAUAAGCAUUUAGUCUAAAUCAAAGGGAAAGGAAACCCAUUCAGGUAUACAAUGAUCCCUCAGAAAAAAAAGUAGAAACUCCCCUUUACGAUGCUUAUCCAUUUGAAUUCAGCUAUUUGUUAGUGUUAUGCGGUAACCAUCAAUCUUUGUCGUAACGCCUUUAUUUGAACUUUCAGGUCUUUUAAUCUCUCACCCUAGCAUUGGUAAAUAUUGUGCUGAUAUUCUGAGAGAGUUGAUUAAUAUGGAUUUUUUUAGUUCAAAUGAAUUAUGUGAGGACUCCACAAAGUCAGUAGAAGCAGAUAUAAUUAUCUCUAUGUGCUCCUCAUGCGAGAAUGUGCUCUCUACUUCCAGUUCCGUUCCUAAUGAGCAUAUUUUACCAGUCAUCUCAGAUUUGUUCCUCAGACUUGGUAUGUCCUUGACCUUUCUUCAGAUGGGAUUAUUACAUUACUUCUAUAUAUCACACAGAUUUCAUGUAAAAUUAUAUGGAUGCCAUCUAUUGUUUCUCUCUUGUUGUCGUGCUCAAUAAAAAUAAUAUUUAUUAUUUGAUGUAAUAAAGAGGAUUUUCCAAAAACAAAAACACAUGAAUUGUAUUCAUGUCCCCCAAAUUGACUUUUAACUUCUACUGUUUGGGCAAAAAAAAUAUUAAUAGAAUUUAUUUAUUUUUACUAAUACGAUUCUUUUUAAAAAUAUGAAACUCUAUUAACAUAUGUUGAUAUUUAAUUGUUUUAUAAAUUAAAAAAUCAAAUGUUUAUAUUUAUUAUUAAAUGAUAUUAAUUAAUUUAUCACUCUUGUUCCUUGAUCGCCUUGAAAUACUAUAAUGAAAAUAUUUUCAUUCAUUUGUUUUUUAUCUUUUUCAUUUUUCUCAUAUGUAGUAUUAAACAUUGUUUUUGUGAUGUUUACCAUUAACUUUUUAUGGAUUAAAAUGAAAUUGAUUUUUUUUAUUUCAGUACUUCCUCUGUUUAUUGAAAUUUAUUUGCUCAUUCUCUAGGCUUUGAGUCCAUAAACAUAUCACUGACAAUCUUUUGUGUGUAGGAAAACAUUCGUCUUUAUUUAUGAAGGAAAUAGUGCUAAAACUUUCUAUGUGGGUGGCAAGUCUAGCUGAAGGCAGGAUCGAGCUACAACAUGUGAGUACUCUCCUUUGUGUCAUAUGCAAUUAAGAAUCAAAGUUAGACAGCACGCCAUUAAAUUUCAAGAUUUCUUUCCUUUUCUACACGGAAAACACAUCUCAUCUCUCUCUUUUUGAGGCAUUGUUCAUUAUUCAAGACAUGUAUUGUUGUGAUACGCUGAGAUUGUCGGAUCACUUCAUAGAACGAAUAUAAGGUUUUUGGAAGGAAAAAACGUGAAAAAUGAGAGCAUCUUAGAUAAACAUAUCAUAAGCCCAUGCAAUGUAGCUAUAGGGUCAAAAAUCUAUGAAGGAUAUGAAACGUAGUUCCAAAUAUGCUAGUUCGUUCUCCGAGUACCAGUUACAGUCAAUAUCUUCUCUCCUUGGGAAACUCCUUACCUGCCUUGUGCUUGGUAAAAGACUAGCUUUAGGGGUUGAGUGGCCAGUCUAGGGGAAAGAAACCUCAACCAGGGCCUCUAAAAAAUAAAUAGGAAUGCCAAAGCAGUUCUGGACAAUGCCUCCGCGAACUACUGUGGGAAAGAGAAUGUGAUCCACAACCCAUGGGGACAGGUUGCUUUAGGGAAUGUGGCUGUUUGACAGAUAAAGAGAUGCUAUUGCCGACAACCUUCUCCGGAGUAUAACUGGUACAGAAGAUUAGGUACUGCAAUCCAAACCCUGAGACGGCAGCAGGGGAGCUGGAUAGAACAGACGCCCAGAAACUCUGCAAGCACAUGAAAAUCCUAGAAAAUAUCCUCCCAGGAAUUGCCACCACUCAUCUAUGAUAUGUUUAGGCCCUACAUCAUUCUUUCUACUCGUUGCUGUCUUUGACCAUCCAUGCAGAGAUGGCAUGAAAGUCUGAAACAUGUAACUCGACUAACUUAGUUCCAAGAAGUUGGCCUUUGACCUCGUGAUAUUCUCUUAAAAGUAAGCCAUUCAUUUCAGUCACCAUUGGCCUGGUGAGGAAUCUCAGUGAGGUUUAUUUUGUAACUAAAUCAGUGAGGUUUAUUUUGUGUGGAAUCUCAUAGAAAAUCAGUGAGGUUUAUUUUGUAACUAAAUUGUGCAAGUGGUAUAAUUUCAGUCAUCCACGUAAGGCUUCUAUGCUACUAUGUACUUUUGAACUAUCAUCUUGAUAAAUAAGUAUACCAAUUUGACUUCUUGUAAUGCUAUUUUAUCUUUUAAAGUAAUAUCAACUCCGUAAGUAUCCUCUUCCAAUUUCACCGUUAACAUAGUGGAGAUAGUGCAUAUGAUUCCUUUGUCUUCAAAGCUUUUGUAGUUGUGAAGAACCUGCUGAAUGUUGCGUGGAGAAUAAGCAUAUGCAUGCAUCGAAUCUUUGGAUAAGUAGAAUUUUCAUUCCCUAUCGUGUCAUAGCCUCUCAAAAGACGAUUUUCUUUUGGUCCCCUUCUUUUUCUUUUUGGAUAUAUAGAAAGGCAUGUUUAUAAUCAUGUGGCUUUCAAUUUUUUAAUAAGUGGACUGUGUUUCUGUUAUAAUAAUCACAUCUACAUGUCUUCUUAAUCUACAGGUUCAACAAUGCCUUGGAUCUGCUAUAGUGUCCAUGGGACCGGAAAGUUUUCUUUCAAUAGUAUCCAUUUCAUUUAAUGCAGAGAAGCAAACUUAUUCAAAUAUGUGGCUGAUUCCCAUCUUGAAGAAAUAUAUUGUUGGAGCCUCAUUACAGUAUUUUUUGGAGCACGUUUUGCCUCUUUCAAAACCUGCUGAGGACAUAUGUAGUGAAGGUACGUUCAUCCAUAUAUUCUCGCUUGUAAUCCUCUUAAACUAAAUGUGGUUAUUUCCUCAGUGCGCAGGUCAUCAACCAGAAAGAAACUCAUGGCACAUGUUGAUGCCCUGUGGAGCUUGCUGCCAGCCUUCUGUCACUAUCCAACAGAUACAGCUGAUCAUUUUGAUUCUUUGGCCAAGGCUCUCAUUGAAAAACUCAAGAAAGAUCAAAGUAGUCAUGAGCUUGUUUCUGUAGCAAUAAAGGUAUAGAUUCAUGAUUUAUGCAAACCAGAAAGGUUUAUUUCUACUUGUUUUGAACUAUUUUGUUUUUUUUUUAUCCUACAAGAUUUGAAUAAUGUUCCUUUAUAUUAGGAGCUUGUGAAUGAAAACAAAAGUCAGCUCGAGCUUAAUGUGGACCAAGCAACUGGCUUCAUGAAAACCAAUUUUGGACAGAAGGCUGGUUGUGGACCCUACUACUACCCUCAAAACCUUGCGCAGAAGAACAUUGAAGUGCUGGCUUCGAAUUCCAUGGAGCUGUUCAAGUUAUUUACUGAUAUUUUCUUUGAUUCUCCUCCCGAAAAGCGUGCAUCUCUGAAGGUCAUCUGCGUGUAUUAUUAAUCUUUACUCUUUUUCUUCCGUUAUUUAUAUAGGUACAGAAUUUGAAUUGUAGUUUUGCAAUAUUCAUUUGUACUCUCUUUCUUCCGUUAUAGCUUCUGGUAUACCAGAAGCUUUGGCAGAAUUAGAUUAAGGCCUGUCAGGCCCAAAUUAGGUCUUUAAGUCUCGCCCCACAUUACUCUCGAUAUAAAUAUGGGUGAUGGUGGCUAUGGUUUCAACCCUACUUUGUAAUCCUUUUUCCUAAUAGUUUUAAGCAUCAAAAUAAGGGCUAAUGGAUUCCCGUAUGUAAACUGGUAGUUUGUGUAUUGUUUCGUAACCUUAGAUUACAUGAUUCCAUAACGUUUUUUUCUUGAAUUGCUAAUGCAGUGUAAACUUUUGCAAUUUAUUCUCUAUACUAGUAUCUCCAUUCAAAAAAACUGAACGUAAAAACUCUUCAUUUUAUUUACAGGACGUCAUAGGAUGUUUGGCAUCCAUCCUCGGGAGUUUAAAUCUGCAAAAUUUCUUUUCUUCCUUGUUGGCCAAAAUUGAAUUAACUAAUAAAUAUGAUAACGGGAGAAAAUUGGAGAAUCAUGUUCAACCAUCAAAUGAUAAGAUGGAAGAAAAGAGGUAAGGAAUGUGUACAACACCACAUGCUCUUUCCAAAGUCAUUCUACAUUCUUUCUGGCAAAUCGCAUGUUACACGUUCAAACAUUUCCUAGUUGUUUGCUUGCUUGUUAAUUUAUAGCUAACCAUCACAAAUAGGUAUUCCUACGAUAUACAAUGUAGUUUAGUUUUUAAUGUACUAGCUGCAUGCUAAAUUAAUAGUUCUGUAUAGGAAUUUUUCUUUUCUUGUAAUUUUGAAAAAUUAUAUUACCGUGACUAUAAUUCACCUUCCUGUUGGGUCUCUGCUACUGGCAUUUAUCACGUUUGAUAAUUGCAAUAACUAGAUAGGGAGAAAGCAUUUCAGUUGUCAAUAACUUAUGUCUAUUGAGAACCAUGGCAAAUCUGUACGUUAGAUUCAUCCAACAAUUUUACCUGGCACCAAUUUUCUUCUAAUGCAAGCAGAGCAUUCCAAGUUCUCAUUUUUCUGAAAGUUUCUCACAUUCCCUUUUAGAGUACUUUUAUGCAUCGUGUGUAUGAAUACAUUUGUGAACAACUGAAAUUUUCCUUGCAACUACUCUUGACGAAUGUUCUUCUAUCCUUGGACGAAAUUUUCCUUGAAGAUAAGUAUAGCUUCAACAUUGCUUUCAUCUAUUGAUGAAUCUUGUUGGAUGAAUGAUUUCCGAAUCUAAUUAGGCCAUCAUUUUCUACUAGGGAGGGCAUCUUGGGAUAAUCUUACCCUUGUUGUGUCCCAUUUAAUUGCUGCUUAAACAAAUUUCAUCAAAGGUAAUGGGAAAAGGUCAUCUGUCUUAGGGAGUUGGAAGAAGUUUAAAUCAUAUCAGAAAAAAUUGCCUCUUUUCAUGUUUAUUGGAAAAUUGAUCCAAUUUUCUGGCUCCUAAUCCAAUUUCAGACGCAGCAUCCCUAAACCUUGGUAUCGAAGCAUGGAACGUCUGGAAAUCUGCCUAGGAGGGUCUAUAAAAAGGCCCACGAUCCUGCCCUCAUAACUGGAGGAAAACAGCCCCCUGCACAUGGAGAAGAAGUGGGAAGGGUAGCUGCUGCACCAAUAGCAAAGAAGAUAAAGUCGUCAAUGUCACAUCUCAGAAAUAAAAAAUGACAAUUCAAUGCCCCAUAAAAUGUCUCAGAAAAUGUCAAUUUUUUACUGCUUUUACAAAGCUGCGUUUUAACACGUGCAUCAUUUUUUCUCCAUCACGGACUGCUGAAUCUCGCACAUAGUAAGAUUGGCAUGCAUCACCUUUUUCAGAUUGCUAAUGUAAGCUCCUGUUUAUAGAAGGUUUAGCCAUCUUUUUUUUAGCUUUUGUAAUGUGAAAUCGAUCCCUUGUGCCACACUUAAGCAUCAAAAUGGUAACAUCCUAUGAUAAAUUAAUGUGACUUGUUUUCAUGUGCUGUCAGUGAAGCAUAUUUUUGGUGGCAAGAUGUAUAUACAUAUAUAUUUAUAUAUCUAUAUAUCUUCUUCUAGUCUACCAUAUUUGUAACGACUAUUCGCACAUGGACCUUUUCCCAUUUAUGCGUUAUUUCAUUAGUUUCAUUCUUUCAGUCAUAUGCAGGCACAUAGUCCUGGGGCAUUCAAUAUAUUCCCUUAGAAUGUAAACAGCAUGUAAACUAUUUUUAUCUCAAGUUAUAUAAUUGGUAUAUUUCCUUCAUUGUGGUAGGUGUCUGAUGAUAGAGCUUGCAUCAGCUUUUGUCGAUGGAGCUGAUGAAGAUUUCAUUAUCAUAAUGUUCGAUUAUAUUAAGCCUCAUCUUUCGGUAUAGUUAUACUUACCAGCUCAUGGAUCCUUAGUGCUGAAAUUUGAUCCGUGUCAUUGUUGGAUGCUAAAAGCAAUAUGUUUUUUGGUUUUGUGUAGGUAGAUGGAAUUUAUCAAUGUGAAGCAUUCCAAACAUUGAGCAGAAUUUUAAAGGUCUGGAGAUGCACUUGUUGUAAUGUUUGUUACUCAAACAUAUUUCUCAUUUAG